CUGUAUCUCUCCUUCUCUGAAAACCUAGAUCAUGGCUGGCAUGUAUGGUCAGGACGGCGGCAGUGGCGCCGCUCCGCCAUAUGGAUCUAGCGGCGGCGGAGGAUACGGAGGCGGAGGAAGUGGUGGUGGUGGAGGAGGUGGAAGCUACGGAGGUAGCGGAGGUUAUGGAGGUAAAGGAGGUGACGGCGGUGGUUACGGUGGCGGAGGCCGUGGUGGUCGAGGUGGAGGUGGUUAUGGUGGAAGUGGUGGUGGUGGCUAUGGUGGCGGGGGCGGCGGCGGUGGUCGAGGUGGAGGAUAUCAAGUCGGCAGCGGCGGCCGAGGAGGUGGUGGUGGCGGCGGCCGAGGUGGCCGUGGCGGAAGCGGAAGGGAUGGUGAUUGGCCCUGCCCUAAUCCAGGCUGUGGGAAUGUGAACUUUGCAAGAAGAACUGAGUGUAACAAGUGUGGUACUCCCUCUCCUGGCGGUGGCGGUGGCGGUGGAGGUGGUUACAAUAGAGGUGGAAGUGGUGGGGGCUUUGGUGAUAGCCGUGGAGGCAGAGGUGGUAAUUAUGAUGGGGGUCGUAGUGGCAACUAUGAAGGAGGUAAAGGUGGUGGAUAUGAUGGAGGCCGUGGGGGUGGUUUUGAUAGUAGAGGUGGAGGUGGGAGUAGAGGCGGUUCUUACGGUGGGAACCAAGGAAGAGAUGACGGUGGGUACGGUCAGGCUCCUGCACCUGCUCCUCCGUCUUACCCACAGUCAUAUAAUGCUGGUUAUGGAACAGAGGCAGUGCCUCCUCCUAGUAGCUAUACUGGUGGGCCUGCUUCAUAUCCCCCAUCCUAUGGUGGUCCCGCAGGUGGUUAUGGUGGUGAUGGUCCUGGUGAUGCAAGGAGAGGUGGCCGAGGUGGCCCUCCUGCUAAAUAUGAUGGUAGUGGUGGUGGUGGUCGAGGUGGUUAUGGAAGUGCUCCUACAGAGGCCCCAGCUAAGGUGAAGCAAUGCGACGAGAACUGUAAUGAUACUUGUGACAAUUCUAGAAUUUACAUAUCGAAUCUGCCACCGGAUGUCACAGUUGAUGAACUGCAAGCUCUUUUUGGAGGCAUUGGACAAGUCGGAAGAAUUAAGCAGAAACGUGGGUACAAAGAUCAGUGGCCAUAUAACAUCAAGAUUUACACAGAUGAGUCAGGCAAGAACAAAGGUGAUGCAUGUUUAGCCUAUGAGGAUCCAAAUGCUGCACAUUCAGCUGGCAGUUUUUACAAUGGUCAUGACAUUAGAGGCUAUAAGAUUAGUGUUGCAAUGGCAGAGAGGUCGGCACCUAAGGCUUACGACAAUGGUGGUGGUAGAGGUGGUUAUGGGGGCGGUGACAGGCGCAGGGAGAACUAUGGUGGACCUGAUAGACAUCAGCAUGGUGGAAAUCGUUCACGUCCCUAUUGAGAGAAAUUCCAGAUCAAGCACAUUUUAUGUAAUGAGAAUUGUUUGAGGAUUUUUGUAUUCGUUUUGGAGGGAUCUUAAACUGGAGACUAAGAGGUAGGUUGUUCAAUAACCCUGGGCAAUACCUCUGUCCUCCUUUAAUUUAACUACCCAUACCUGGAAGGGUUUAAAUUAUAGGCGCUUUGGAUUGAUUAAGU